AGGUGACUCAGUGAAUUGUGCGGUAUGCAUUGAAGCCUAAAAGUGAGCAAGUGUCAGCAACACAUUUAAGGAUGGGAAUUUCCAUGCUUCGAUCUUUUUAACAGGUCGGCCGUCACACGUCGUGGCCUUCUCGCUGCAGGAAUCAUCCCCAAGACAAUUAAAUGUCUUCUCUCCCUCACGCCAUGGCUUGCCCGGGGAACGUUUCCUUCAAUCAACCGCAAAUGUUUCCCGGGGAUGCCACCGUUCUGGAUGUGCUUAUCCCUGGGUAUUCUGUGGUUUCAAAGUUCCUGGCGGCUUACUUUCAUAUCGACCUGUCUUUCUACCUCCCUCUUAUUGCCAUUUUCGCAGCUACUGUGACCGCUCUACAAUACAGUAUCUCCCCGUUGGUCAAUCUUUUCACCCAGCAUUACACAUCAACAGCGGAGAUUCGACUCAAUGACGAGGUCUACAAUUAUGUGAUGGCUUGGAUUGCCCGGCAGUCAUUCUCAGACAGUACACGCGACUUCGUUGCGGGAACCAAGACAGGGAGUGAGAUGGUCUGGACCAGGCACGAUGAUGAUGAUGAUUCCAAUGAAGAUGGCAUCCUGGAGGACGACGAUGUAUCUUUUGACUUCGAUGAGUACUGGACCCGGAAGAUGAGUCGCGACAAGUAUAAGCCACUCCGGUUCACACCCGCGGACGGAACCCACUAUUUCUGGUACAAAGGUCGCCCUUUGGCGUUCAGGAGACAGAAAGAUGAGAAUAACGGUGUGAGAUGGGUUGCCAAUGCUGAGAAAUUAUACAUUACUUGCCUUGGACGGGAUCCGACAAUCAUUAAGGAAAUGCUGCACGAAGCGCAGCAUGCUUUUGUGGAGCGCGAUGCAAACCAAACGAUUAUCUACCGCGGUCAGAAGAACGCUGGAGAAAGCGCAGACUGGGUAAGGUGCAUGAGCCGCCCUCCUCGUCCUCUGUCAACGGUCGUGCUGGACCAGGGACAGAAGCAGGCAUUUAUCGAAGAUGUAAAGGAGUACCUGCACCCGAUGACGAGGCGCUGGUAUUCGAACCGCGGCAUUCCUUAUAGACGAGGAUAUAUCUUCCAUGGUCCUCCUGGUACGGGAAAGACGAGUCUCUGCUUCGCAGCUGCAGGGCUUUUGGGACUGAAGAUGUAUCUGAUCAAUCUGAACUCGAAAUCCUUGGACGAAGAAGGUCUUGCGGAUCUAUUCCAGGAACUGCCACGGCGGUGUAUUGUCCUUCUCGAAGAUGUCGAUUCUGCAGGUAUCACGCACAAGAGAGAAAACAGCCCAGAAACCCCCGACACAUCUGUCAAUGAAAAAUUAGAGAAGGAUGGAAAGGACAAGCCUCCGGCUGAGAACAACGAUAACGCGCCGCGGGGAGUUUCUCUUUCUGCCCUGCUCAAUGUCAUCGAUGGGGUCGCUUCUAGUGAGGGACGUAUUUUGGUGAUGACUACAAACCAUAUUGAAAAGCUGGACGCGGCUCUUUUGCGUCCUGGCAGAAUUGACAUGAGCAUCGCCUUCAACUACUCCGACACUGAUACUAUCAGAGAUCUGUAUUUCGCUAUUUACGGUGAUGAAACGCGACAGCAGCAACAGGGGAAGUCAGGAUCGCCCAGAUCUUCUCCUUGUGAGAAGGCCAAAUCCCAUCUCCGUCACGGCCUCUCCAACGAGCAAGUCAAGGAGCUUGCUGCUGAAUUUGCUUCAGUGGUUCCCAGUGGUGAGUUUUCGCCUGCUGAGAUCCAGGGAUACCUUCUCAAGCACAAGCAUGAACCGGAGAAAGCGGUUCAAACUGCUGCGGAGUGGGUGCAGAGUGUACGCAAUGAUCACGAGAAGCGGAAGGCUGGCGCCAAAGAGGUGAACGUCGCCGCAUAAUCGAGUCCGAGAACGAGAACGAGAGCGAGAAUGAUGCAUUCAGAGAUGACUAGAUGAUUUUUUUUUUCUGUUUGUUCGCAUCCAGAAAACCUGUGAUACAUAGGUUAAUACCCAUGUUAACUGAUAGAUGCGCAACGACUGGUUGCAUCGCUAUGGUCUUUUCAUAGCGACUUCACGGGUCCUGAAAAAAUAAUAAAAAAAAAAAAAAAAAAAAAAAAAAAAGAAGGAAAAA